UGGGUGUGAGUGUGUGUUCUGUUAGUUAGGAAAAAACAAACCAAUGGAAGGAAAGUGAAAGAAGGACAAUCGCAGUUAAAUAAAUGUCGUGUAAAACACGAGGACUUUCCGUGAGCCUCCAAAACCUGAUGCUGAUUACGUAAUUAAAUGUAAAUUUUCGCGCUAUCUUGAAAGAAGUCACGAACAAUUAGUGUAAAGUAAAUAGCACCAAGAUAUAUAUACAUAUUGUACACACAAAUAUUCUGUACAGUCAUGACGAAUCAGAUGGCAACCGAAGCGGCAUCAGCACCUCAUUUGGUUGACGAGAAGAAUUUGUAAACGCAACAGGAAGCAAAACGAGCAGUUCUUAAACUACACAUACACACUCAAAAGGCACAAUAGCAACAGCAACCCCAACUAAGUUGUUGUUGGUGGCUCAAAAGCAAGCCGCACAGCUUUAGAAUGAAAUGGAGAUGCAAAGCGAUUCUGGUCAUGGACCAACGACAGGAGGAGCAACAGAGGACGACACAUCCCGGCAGCACACUUUCGUUUGUCAUCUGGAGGAGUCAAACUGGUAUGACGUCUCGCAACCAUUUAUUAACUGCGAGGCAAGCCAAAAGAACAGCAACAACGUCAGCCAGAACAGCAGCUACGAUAUCGGCUUUGCCAACAUUCACACCAGCAAUAGAAACACAGAGAGCAUUAUUGCCGACAGCAGCAUCAGCAGUAACAACAACAGCAACAACUACAUCGGCAGCAACAACACAUUCCAUUGCACACUGCAAACAUUCAAUAGACACAAACAGACAGCAUUCUAUAGAUGCAAUGAGUUGCAAGAGCAUUACCCAGAAGCGUCAGAGACCUGCAGGCUAAGGUUAAACGCACAACUGUUGCAAAUGCCAUACGACGACAAUGUCAAUAGCGAUGGCAGCGGCAAUGGAAACGGCAACGAUGACAAUGUGGCGUACGAGCAAUUUGGAUUGGCAAUCAACGAGGCCCUUAGUGAUAAUGCGAGUGAUACGUUUAGUUUUAGACCAAACUGCACCAGAGUGGAGGAACUUUUAUGCGAAUUUAACAAACAGCAUUCGACAUUACUAUGUCAACUGCAGCACGAGCAGCACCAGCAACAAAACUACCAAGUGCAACAGUUUGUCCUAGAGAGCAGCAGCAACAACUUAACUGAAAAUAUAAUUGAAUCCAUUGAGCUGGGUAGUGGCAAUUAUAAUGUGAACAAUGUGAAUGAUAAUUACGAUAAUAGCCUUUGGUCCUAUUUCAAUUUCACUGACCUUAUGACCAUUGGCAAUGAUACUCUUAAUAUUAUCAAUGCCACAACCACUACCAUCUCUAGCAACAAUAGCAGACCCAGUUUGGAUAUGAUUUUGGCCAACUAUACAGCAACAAGAACAAUAGAUACAACAACAACAGCAAUCACCAGCAUUUCGAUUGAGGAAAUGCCAAAGAGCUUACUGGACUAUAGUCCACACGGCUAUGAUUGGUUAUUUCUCUUUGUCGUAUUCUUCAUAUUUGCCGGUGGCCUAGGUAACAUUUUGGUCUGCCUUGCUGUGGCCUUGGACCGCAAACUGCAGAAUGUCACGAACUAUUUUCUUUUCUCUCUGGCCAUAGCCGAUCUUUUGGUCUCACUCUUUGUAAUGCCCAUGGGUGCCAUACCAGCAUUUUUAGGUUAUUGGCCACUUGGCUUCACCUGGUGCAAUAUCUAUGUGACUUGCGAUGUUCUGGCCUGCUCGUCGAGCAUAUUGCACAUGUGUUUCAUUAGUCUGGGUCGUUAUUUGGGCAUACGGAAUCCAUUGGGUUCACGCCAUCGUUCUACGAAACGUUUGGCGGGCAUAAAAAUAGCCAUUGUAUGGGUCAUGGCCAUGAUGGUGUCCAGUUCAAUAACGGUGUUGGGUCUAGUCAACAAACACAAUAUAAUGCCCGAGCCAAACAUCUGUAUGAUCAACAAUCGAGCGUUCUGGGUAUUUGGCUCCUUGGUGGCCUUCUAUAUACCCAUGCUGAUGAUGGUUACCACAUAUGCUUUGACCAUUCCAUUGCUACGUAAAAAGGCGCGCUUUGCUGCCGAGCAUCCAGAGAGCGAACUCUUUCGUAGGCUGGGUGGUCGCUUCACGAUACGCCCUCAGCACAGUCAGCAACAGUUGCAGAUGCACAGCAGCUUUUCGAGCAACAGCAACAAAUUCUUGGCCAUGAGUGACAGCAAUCGUAACUUUAACAGUUCUGACAGAGGCGGAGGCAGAGGUGGAGACAAUUCCACAGAGCGUCCAUUGAUGCAACAAAGAACGACAAGUAAUCGGAGUAUGGGUGCUGGUUCUGUGAGUUUUCGCAAUGUAACGAAUGGCGGUAGAACCGCAUUUGGAGUUGGAAUGGGGGCGGGUGGACGCAGUAGUUUCCGUUUUGCUGGUGGCAGUAUCUUGCGACAAUCCUCCACACCGACCACAACAUCAACAUCAUUAUCAUCAUCGUGUCCAUCAUCGACGGCAACUUCUGUUCGUGGCGGCAGGUCGCAACAGACGAGCAGCUUCUGGCGCAAGCAUGGUGGCAACCCCAACCUAAUGGACAGGUAA